GUGCAGUACAGGGAAGAAGAAAGAGCUGGUCAUUGCUAGGAAGAUUGAGAAUGUUUUCUUCAUUGUUCUUCUUGUUGUGGUGCUGGGCUUAUUCACAGUUCCAAUAAUAGUCUACUAUAGAUCUACUUCAAACACAUUUGAGUCAGACAUCAAUAACAAUGGUAAUCUUAGUGAAGGAGGUACAAUCGGCAACAAUAAUGUAAGUCAGAACUGUACUAGAAUAUCAUGGAGUCAGGAUAAUGAUGCUUCAGAAUGUCAUGAGUAUACUGGAACUGCUUGUAGAAACUUCUUACAUCAAUGGUUUCAAUGUACCAUUGGAGAGGGUGAAUUGAAUAUUGGAGUAAGUCAACAAGAACAAAAUCAACAUGAACAGACAAUCACAUCACUCAAUACUUAUUUAGAGUAUUACAAGCAAUGUCAACAACAAUCAUCAGCUUUUAUAUGUCAAUAUUUCUUUCCACUUGCUGAUUGCUCAACUGGAAAAUCUUACAAGGCUACCAAGGAAGACUGCCUCCUCAUAAGUACAGGUGUUUGUUCAAACUUGUGGACACUAGCAAACAACUUUGGGUAUGGCUCACUCUUACCUGAUUGUACUACACUGCCAAAUGCUGCCAAAAAUUCAUCUUCUGUCACAAUUCCCAUUGACGGCAUGAAUGAUACCAAUGGUACUGAUGGUAUAGUGUGCAGAGAAGAUUUUGUUAAAACGAAUUUAAUCUGUGAGCCAAGAUGUGACAGUUUUGAACAAAGCUCUCAUUUAGACGCACUGAUAAUGAUUUAUUCAGAAGUAUUUGCAACUAGCAUGGGCUUAAUUUUUUGCGUUAUUGCAAUUAUAGCUGCUGUUAAGGAAUACAAAACAUCGCUUGUAUAUCCUUCUGUAUUGGUAUUUUAUCAAGUCAUAGAUAUGACUGCAUUGGUUAUAGUACUAAUCAUAACUGCUAUUGAUCGGUAUGGAUUAUAUUGCAGUUCAGUUAGUCUAUUGGAGACAUUAAAUAAUCCAACUCCUUUUUGUAAAUUUUCAGGAGUUGUAUUUCAUUAUGUUAUUGUAAAUAUGGCACUGUGGUGGUUCUUUCAUGUUGCUAUGUUCUUUCACAAAGUAUUUUUUCCCUUCCAAGCGAAUAGAUUUGAAAAGUUGGGCCGUGAAAAGUAUAUAUUCGCAACUGUAACCAUUUUAUCUCUACUACUUCCAUUGCCAGCUGUUAUCGUUUGCCUUUCUGUUGACAAAUUCAAAUAUAAUGUUCAUCGUUUUCCAACAACUCUUUGCAUUAGUGAUGGUGACAUGUGGUUCUACUCUACAACACUUCCAAUGGAUAUAUUACUAGCUGCUGGAGUAAUAAUGCUAAUUAUGAUUCUUUGGACUAUGAGAAAGAAAACAAAUUUCUUGAACAGGAAUAGUCGUACUAAGCUUAGCACUGCUGAGAAAAAAAUCCUCUUGGUUUUUACAUCAUUUAUUGUUUUUGGUGUUUAUAUUUUAGGGCAUGUAAGUGACAUAACAGCAAAAUCUGGAAAGUUUCAAGCAGCUUUAAGAGAAUACUUUGAAUGUGAAGCAUUUGGUCAUAUCCCUGGAAAAUGUGAUAGAGAAACAUUUGAUAAGAUCUAUAGCCCAUACACAAGUGUUAUUGCAUACAUACUAAUGAGUUUGAUACCGUUGAGCAUUUUGAACUUCAUACUUAAGUGGAGCUCAGUCAAAAUUGCAAAAAAUAAAGUAAUAAAAUUGACAAGGAGGCAUUUAAGUUUCUUGUAUCAUGGAAAACGCUCUUUUGUAACUUCCUCUGAAAGUGUUUCUGAUGAGUUAUCAUCAAAAUCAAGUAAAAGUACAAAGAUUACUGAAAACACUACUGUGUAACUUUAAUUGCUGAUAAUUUUGACUUUUAACUACUGUGUGUGAUUUUUUUUUGUAUUAAAACUUCUUAGUAAAU